GGAGAGGCGAGGGAGAAGCUGAACAACGUCAGCAUGGCAGACCCUAUGGUUGACCAGAUAACCAGGCUUAAACUGAAACUGCUAGAAAAGAGACUGGAAAAUGAAAGAGACAACAGAGAAGGCAGAGCUGAAUCUGCCCUGUCAACAAGGAGCUUUGACGGACAGGAUGAUGCACUGCACAGCGCACUGAGGCGGAAGAAGGACCUUCUGCAAAGACUGAGGGAGCAGCACAUGCUGGAGGAUCUAAGCAGGCCUCACACCUGGGGAGGGACACGCAGACAUUACAGAUCAGAUCCUUUCCUGGCGGCCCCCCCACCUCAACCUCAGGCCCCCAUCCACAUCUACCAGCCGGCCCCUGCUCCCCCUGCUGUCCAGGCCCUCCCACCCCCUCCACCCCAGCCCCCCCGCAUCAUCCAACAAACUAUUCCCCAGCAGCCUACCACCAUCAUACAGCAGUUACCACAGCAACAGCCACUUAUAGCCCAGAUCCCGCCCCCUCAGGCCUACCCCGCGCCUCGGUCUGGCAGCAUCAAAGAGGACAUGGUGGAAAUGAUGCUGAUGCAGAAUGCUCAGAUGCACCAGAUCAUCAUGCAGAACAUGAUGUUGAAAGCCAUUCCUCCCUUGGCCAUGUCCUUGCCUGGGGGUGCAGGUCAUCAGGUCCCUCAUACUCCCCACCAAGGACAGGACAGUUACCUCAGUAACCCUAUCCUUGUGAGGUCAGAGGUCAAGCCUAAGGGAAGUGCCAUCCACCACCACCACCACUACGGCUCCGCCGCCCCUACUGCACAGCAGCAGCUUCCAAUUGGCUACCCAAUGUGGCCCUCCAUGAUGCCCCCAGUCCCAGCAGGGUAUGGAGGGGCACACCUGCCAUCCAUACAGCACGUGACUGGCCCUGUCACACUACCACCACUGAAUACGCAAGUCUAACCCAGGCACAGCAGUCUCACACACCUCUUUAUCUGCAUGGUCGUCUUCUCAUUCUUACCUGUUUGUCACUGUCUUUCAGGAUGGGUAUGGAGGGAUACCGUUAGUACGAGAGACCCACAUUGUGUGCUGGGGAGAGGUGUUAAUAGUUAACACCGACAUUUGAGUUAUUUCCACUUCCCUGUGAUAAACAUCUCUUCAGAAACUUUGAGAAGAACUUCUGUACUAGAAGCUAAAAUAACUCUCCAGAAGCAAAGCUUCAAGCUUUUUUUGUGUAUGUUUUUUGGUUUUUAAGGUGUUUGAAUUGAUGGUUGAAAGACAGUGGCAAAUGAUUCAUAAUGAAUGAUAAUGUAUACAAAUCCAUAUCAAUCCAU